GAUUUCCCAGAAUUAUUCUAGUAAAUGUGUCUAAAAACAUCUGAAUCCGUCCCAAUGCAAGUCGCCUCCUCAUCCAACACAGAUAGACAGACAACAUUCACACUCCCAUUCACACACUAGGGCCAAUUUAGUGUUGCCAAUCAACCUAUCCCCAAGUGCAUGUCUUUGGAAGUGGGAGGAAGCCGGAGUACCCGGAGGGAACCCACGCAUUCACGGGGAGAACAUGCAAACUCCACACAGAAAGAUCCAGGACUGCAGGACCUUCGUAUUGCGAGGCAGACCCACUAACCCCUCUUCCACCGUGAAGCCCACGUAUUAAACCUUCGCACCAAUUGUAUACUAGAUAUACAAACAAUUAUACUUCCAAUAUUAUUUAUAUCCCAAGUUUUAAUUUUUAAUUAACAUUAAUCUCAAUGUUGAUGCAAGAGUGAUUUAUUUUUUCAAGACAAUGGUCUUAAAGGCCUACUGAAAGCCACUACUACCAACCACGCAGUCUGAUAGUUUAUAUAUUAACAUUGCAACACAUGCCAAUACGGCCUUUUUAGUUUACUAAAUUACAAUUCUAAAUUUCCCCCGAAGUGUCCUGUUAAAAACGUCGCAGAAUGCUGACGUGUACGCGUAACGUCACGGACUGUUAGAAAAUAUUAGCGCUGCACACACACACACACACACACAGUUUAAAGUCGUCUGCUUUAACCGCAUAAUUACACAGUAUUUUGGACAUCUGUGUUGCUGAAUCUUUUGCAAUUGGUUCAAUUAAUAAUGGAGAAGUCAUAGAAAGAUGGAGUUGGGAAGCUUUAGCCUUUAGCCACACAAACACACAGUGAUUCCUUGUUUAAUAUUCCCAGAGGUGAAACUUUACUAUGGAUCAGAGCGGUCAAGCAAACAUGGAUCCCGACCACUUGUCAACCAGCAGUUUCCAGUGAGAAAAUUGUGGUAAAAAGUCGCCACUUACUGGAGAUCAGCUGAGCUUGUGCCGUCCGUACAGCUGCCGUCGACUGCUUUCAGACACUGGCGUCAACACACCCGUGGAUACACCUUUCCGACUAUCAGUGGGACUUUUUUUCUCGACCAUGGCGGAAGCAGACCGGCCGGGAAAGCUGUUGAUCGUCGGUCUGAACAUCGAGACCACGGAGGGGGCCCUCGAGCAGUACUUCGGCAAAUAUGGCAGGAUUUCUGAAAUUAAUUUGAUGAAAGACCAUGAAACUAACAGGUCGAGGGGCUUUGCAUUUGUGACGUACGAGAACCCAAACCCAGCCGAUGCAAAGGACGCGACACGGGAGAUGAAUGAAAAAGGUUCUCUUGAUGGAAAGUAUAUUAAAGUGGAGCAAGCAACCAAGCCUCAGUUUCAGUCCAGGGGUAGACGAGGGCCACCCAUGCGCAGUCGUGGUCCACCUAGAGGCAUGCGCGGGUCCAGGGGGGGUAUGAGAGGCCCACCAUCUAGAGACUACUAUGACGACGGAAGAGAACACUAUUUUCGAGGACCUCCUAUGCCUACUUACUUUGAUGAGACGCGGGGCCGCCAUCUUGAAGUGGUGAUCCGCUCCACUCAGUACAAUUCAUUUGGCAGGAGCUUAAACUCUCAGCGCAUUUCAUUCAUUUUACCUAACUGAAUACCCCCUUUUUUGUUAUACGUGUGGCUAUAAUAAAGGACACAUGUUUUAUUAUUCAUAGUUCGCUUGACAAUAAUACAAUAUUCUUAUAUACUAUAAGUGACCAGACGUCAGAGAUCAAAACUGGAAAUGUGGUCCUAAAAAAGGGGUAAAAAAAUGGUAAGCUAAGCUAUUUUUAAGUUCAAGAAACAAAAUGAUUAGGUUAUAUAUACAUGUUUAUAUCUUACAUAAACAACGUAAGAAUACAUUAGAUAUCUAUGUAUCUUAGGAACCUAUAGACUGUUUCUCUGUUGCUGAUUGUUGAUUGAUUGAUGGAAAGUUUUAUUAAUAGAUUGCACAGUUCAGUACAUAUUCUGUACAAUUGACCACUAAAUGGUAACACCCCAUUAAGUUUUUCAACUGGUUUAAGUCGGGGUUCACGUUAAUCAAUUCCUGCUGCAGCAGCAGAGAGUUGAUUCUGUCUUGAUACUUUCUAUUGAUAUUUUGUAUUCUUCCCUUUAAAUAAAUAAAUAAUGAUAAAUGGGU